UUGUUUUUUACUGUGCUAAAUUGUUCAUAUGGAGUAUGAAAUUGUAUGUGCAUUAAAGUUGUGGAGAGAUUUGGUGUUUUAUUAAGUAGUGGAUAUGGAGGAAAAGGUGCUUGAUUUGAGCUCAAAUAGCUGCAAAGUGGAACUGGGUUGUUGUUGUGUUUGAUCUCUGAGUACACAAGAGUUAUAGUGUUAGAUGGUUUUGUUGGGAAAACCAAAUUCAAGAUGUCUUGGGUUCAGCAACAAAUCAAGCUUAAUGAUGGUUAUAUGAGCUACCCACCACCAUAUACUGGUACCUUUUACAGAGAAUCCAGUCCCUCACUACCAUCACCACCUUCAUCCUCAUCAUCUGGUACAAAGAUCAGUCCUGCUGUGCUUUUUAUCAUUGUGAUUUUGGCUGUGUUGUUCUUCAUCUCUGGUUUGCUUCACCUGCUUGUUAGAUUUCUUAUAAAGCACCCAUCUUCAGCUGCUUCUCAGACUAAUAAUAGGUACCCAGAAAUUUCCACUGCUGAUGUUCUUCAGAGGCAGCUUCAGCAGCUCUUCCAUCUUCAUGAUUCGGGUCUGGAUCAGGCUUUUAUAGAUGCUCUUCCUGUUUUCCAGUAUAGGGAGAUAGUGGGUUUGAAAGAGCCGUUUGAUUGUGCUGUUUGUCUGUGUGAGUUUACUGAGAAGGACAAGCUCAGAUUGCUUCCUAUGUGCAGCCAUGCUUUCCAUAUCAACUGUAUAGAUACUUGGCUACUGUCGAAUUCGACAUGUCCUCUUUGUAGGGGUACCCUCUUCACUCCCGGGUAUUCGGUUGAGAACCCAAUGUUUGAUUUUGAAGACUACAGAGAAGAAGAUGGGUAUCCCUGUAAUGGAGAGAAUGGGUUCACUUCUAGUCAAAAGACGGUGGACCUUGAGGAAGUUGUUGUUGACAAUGGUGUUUUGCCUGUGAGACUCGGCAAGUUUAGAAAGGUAGAUGCUGAGGUAGGGGAGACCGCAGGAGGAGAGACUAGUAGCAGUACAUUGGAUGCAAGAAGAUGCUAUUCAAUGGGAUCGUAUCAGUAUGUGCUUGAUAAUUCAGAACUCCGGGUUGCCUUAUCAAAGGAUCAACAGGGCCGCAAUAUAAAGCUAACAAAAGAGGAACACAGUGGUAAUCCGUCAAUUGAUAGUGAUGUAGAGGCGAAGAAGAUUGGUAGUGUGACUAGAGGUGAAAGCUACUCUGUUUCCAAGAUCUGGCUAUGGUCUAAGAAGGGCAAGUAUUCGAGCUCAAUAGAUACACAGACGGGUAUGCCUUCAUCACUUAAUACAGACUUGCCAUGGAUGAGAAGAACAGAAGAAGCGAGAGAGGUAUAAUUCCUUAUUGUUACCAUCCGUGGUUGAAUUCAAUAGAAUGAUCAAAGGUUAUUCCAUCUUAGUCUAGUUUUGCCUUUACCAAAAUUUUUUGCAAUGCUAAUUUAGUAAGGGUGUGUGGCAUUAGUGCGUGACUGUUGUUGUACCAUAUCAUGUCCUUCGACACUGAGAUGUUAUGUCUUGUGAAGAAGGCAUUUUCUGAUUUUAGGGAAUGACAUUGUAUGAUGGUUUCUCUAGCUAUGCUGUUGUUGUGUGCUACAGAAAAAUGUAUUAAUCUGAUCACAUCAAUUACUAGAGCAUAUUUUGGUGACCUCAGUUCAAGGUUACAAACAAUUUUCUUGACUGGAUAAUCCAAUCCUCUUCCAGUUCAUCAGAUGGGGUAAUGCUAUGAAAUGGGUUUAAAUUGUUUGC